UCUCAUCUCAUCUGUGUGAGCGUGUGUUUGUUAAGGGGUUUGUUGUCAGACAAGACUAAAGGUCUGACUGUUCUGCAUUGUCGCUUUGGUCCUCUGGACCCCAUUAAACCGCAGCCAUGAGUUUCAUCGCAGACGAUGUUGAGAUAGACCCGGUCACCCUCAACCUCAUCAUCCUCAUCGCCAGCUAUGUCAUUCUUCUCCUCGUCUUCCUCAUCUCCUGCAUCCUCUACGACUGCCAGGGAAAAGACCCCACGAAGGAGUACGCACCUGACCCUAUGCCCAACCUCAACCCCGCUCCCAUACGGCUGGUGGUCAUGCAAAGCUCGCCCGCCAACGCCCGGUGGGACCAGAACAAGAUGGUGACCACCUACGAACCUCCAGGCGUAGAGAAAAAGAGCACUUUAGUCUGACAGGUGUGAUGGACUGAUAACAGCAGAUGGAUGAACUUUGCACCCAUCAUCUUUUCUAUCUACUGUACAUACAAGCUACUGUACUUUUCAUUUUGUGUAAUUCACCUUUAUUUAGUCAUCAUUUGUAACUUA